AUGGCGGGUGUUGGUGACGGUCAUCGUCGCUCAGAGAGCUCAGACGGGCUACUGGGUGAGGACAAGACCUUUUCUUGCACGCAUCCGGGUUGCACCAGACGCUUUACUCGAGCUGAGCACAUGCAACGCCAUGCUCUCAACCACAUGCCUGGCGGAUUGAGCUGCGGUCUAUGCAAUGCUCACUUCAAACGACCUGAUCUGUUGAAACGGCAUAUGGAUCGUCACCGCCAGAAAGAUCUCGAAGCAGGCGGACCGGGCUGCGGCGUUCUAGACACACGCAAACGAUCUUGGAAGGCCCCGGACGGGUCUGUUGUAGAAAAGCGGCCCUGCCCGAAUCCGUCUGGACGGGGCCGGACCUCGGGAGGAAAAGAACGCCCUCAAGCUCAACAAGUGCCCUCGCCUGACCCGGAACCCCACGACGGGGAUCACAGUCUGUCUGGCUUAGACAUUGGGGCAGACCAAGAUUACUCCAUCGAUAGCAUAUCACCAGAGUUUCACAAACGCUCGACGUUGGAUCUUCGCCCAGGAAGCCAAACCGAAGCUCAACAGUAUUCUUUCGGACGUGGAGACGUCUUCAAUCCCAGUGACCCUGUCACCAAUUUUUCAGGCUUUCCCCCCUCUUUACAAUUUUCCGAUUUCAUAGCAACGGAUAACCAGUUCGACAUCAAUACGACUCAGCCCAGUAGCUGGGGCGAAGCAUCUUUCAUGAGUGACCAGUUGGACUACGAUCAGAUCUUCCAACCCGACACUGCCAGCUCCUUUAAUAUGCCAUAUACAACUGCGCUGGAUUACAACUGGCUAUUCAACAUGCAAGACAACUCAGCGCCCACAGGAGCGUCGAGACCUUCAAACUCAGGUCAAGAAUUUGAAGCUCAUAUGGCAAACAAUCAAUCCCAACCUAAAUCGCAAGCAAAUGUUGCGAUUACACCAGAGUCGAUGAAGAGCGCGCAACUGUGGACGGAGCCCGUGGACAUGACACCCAAAGACCAGGAGAGACAGAGGUCGUCUGGACCACCCACCAAUCCCCAUGCAAGCGCCAAUGAAGCCGCGAGACGGCAGGCGAUGAGAAACUCCAGAGAGAGGAGCUCUGACGUUGCAGCAUCUCGAAGGCCCUCCGAUGCGCCCCCAGCAGCUCGACAACGUUAUCCUGCAGCCAGCCGGCCAACCCCGUCUGAACCAGAAAGACCACUGUCUUCAUUGCGAAAACCGCUUACGGUCCCUCUGAUAGACGAAGAUGUGAGAGAGAGACUUCUAAACGUCAUUGACGGCGCUAAGCCGAAUCUUCCUGACCAACGCCUCACGAUAUGGGAGCACCCACUACUAUCAGCGGACUCACUCAAGUCGUACCUGGAGCUGUUCUUUACUCGCUUUAACACCGCAUACCCCCUCAUUCACCUAGAAACCUUUGACUGUAGGAAGACCGAGCCCUUGCUCCUGCUGUCCAUCCUACUAUUAGGCGCAACGUACUCGAGCAAAGACUGCCAUCAACUCGCUGUUUGCAUACACGAUGUCAUACGGCCCAGUAUCUUCGCCCAUGCGGGAUUCUCACAUAGGCCAGAGCUCUGGACGUUGCAGACAAUUCUGCUGGUUGAGUGUUUUGGCAAGUCACGCGCCGGUCAGAAGCAACACGACAUGAGUCAUCUAUUCCACGGACUCUUGAUAAAUCUCAUUCGUCGCUCUGAUUGCCAGACUGUGCGACCUCCAGGCCCGCCGCCAGUAUCGGGAGAAGAUAACGCUGGCGUCUUGGACCAAGCAUGGAGGAAGUGGGCUGAUGCCGAGCAGAAGAAAAGGCUGGCUUUGCUUUGUUUCAUGUGGGAUACACAGCAUGCCGUUCUUUUUUGUCAAAGUCUCUGCAUGUCAGCCUUUGAGCUUCGACUGGAACUCCCGUGCAGCCAGAGUAUUUGGGAAGCUCGGGAUGCUGCAUCCUGGGCGUCAGCCUGGCGCUCAAGCCUCAGCGACCAGAGGCUAUUUUACUUGCCCACUCUCAAGUCCUACCUGACACCGUCAGCCCCGCGACCAGCUGGUCUGACCGGCUUUUCGAGGAUACUGGUUCUUCACGGCUUGAUGUCCAUCUCCUGGGAUAUGGGUCGACGGGACCAGACAGCUCUCGGUGUCGUCUCUGGAGAUAGCUUUGGAAUGGGUUGGCGCAAGUUGCUGAGCACCGCUUACGAUGCAUGGAAAAGCGACUUUGAUGCCUUCUGUGUCAGCUUUGCGUCCCAAUUACAACGAGGAUCUGUCUCUCAGUCUCAGGGAAAUCAACGACAGGAGGGCGACGAAGACAUGACCAGAAGGGUCGAAUUCGAGUCCUUUGCAGCAGCGUACAAGGCUCUAUACCACUCGGCGCAAGCCCUGCUCAACAUGGACUUCUUGGAUGUCCAGAUAUACGCCGGCGCUCGUCACAUCUUGGGCAGGCCAGUACAGCAACGAGACUACCACAGAUCCGCACAAGUGGUAAAGAAGUGGGCCGCAUCAAGCUGUGAGACACAGCAGCAGCAAAGCCAUCCACCCGUCCCGAGACAAGAUCGCGGCGCUACUGACGCCAACGCCGAUCAAUCCAAACAAUCCGCGUCCGAAGCAGCCUGGCACGCGGCGAGGAUGCUCGUCGAGACCAAGAGAACACUCAACAGCAUGGAGGCCAUGAACCUUUUCCACGUGCCGUGGUGUCUGUACCUGGCGACACUCACCUGCUGGGCCUAUCAUCACGCGCGACCUAGCCGAUCGUACGGGGCGUCCUCGCGGAGAGCAUUUGACGCGUUUGACGACGAGUAUGACUUUGAGGACGACGAGAUGAUUUGGGAUCCGCAAGGUGAGAUGGAGGCUCUUGUUGCGAGCAUGUCGGAGCGCGCGGUACGGGGCGAGGUUGCUCUGCAGAGAGAGCGGAAGAGGACGAAUGGCUUGGUGUGGAUCAUGGCGGAUGUCUUAACGACGGUGAGAUGGGGGAUUGUGCACGCUGGCGUUGUGGUUUUGCGGGGACUGGUGCCUCAACGGUUGAUUAACCAGUAUGAAGAGGUUAUAUAA